AUGAUAAUUAGAAUGAUUCGUCUUUGUAAUGGUCCAAAAUUGUUGCGAAGUCAAUUCACAUCGGCAAGCGCAUUAUAUUCAACAAAGACACUGUUUAAACCUCCCACAUACCAAAAUAUGGGGUUAACUUUGAUUAUUCCAUAUAGAAAGCAAUUUUUGUCCCAGUCAAUUCGAUUACAAUCAAGUGUUUCAGAAGGAAAAACAUUCACAAAACCAACUUUAAAAUUAUCCGAUGCGAACUCAAAAUCUUCAGGAUUUAAGGACAUCAAACGACUGUUCGUGUUGUCCAAACCAGAAUCCAAAUACAUUGGACUUGCCCUUCUUUUAAUUCUCAUUUCGAGUUCAGUUAGUAUGGCUGUGCCUUCCGUUAUAGGUAAAUUACUAGACCUGGCUUCUGAAACUGAGGACGAAGAAAAGGAAGAAAAAGCAAAAAGCAAUAAGCUAUACGGUUUAACCAAGAGGCAAUUCUUUACGGCUUUGGGAUUAGUGUUUAUAAUUGGUGCAGUUGCUAAUGCAAGCAGAAUUAUCAUUUUAAAGGUCACUGGUGAACGGUUAGUUGCAAGAUUAAGAACAAGAACCAUGAAAGCCGCAUUAGAUCAAGAUGCCACAUUUUUAGAUACUAAUCGUGUUGGGGAUUUGAUCUCGAGAUUAUCAUCUGAUGCAUCUAUAGUCGCUAAAUCUGUUACACAGAACGUCUCUGAUGGAACAAGAGCAAUUAUUCAAGGUUUUGUCGGUUUUGGCAUGAUGAGCUUCCUCUCUUGGAAAUUAACCUGUGUUAUGAUGGUUUUAGCCCCUCCUUUAGGUGCUAUGGCACUAAUAUAUGGUAGGAAGAUACGAAAUCUAUCAAGACAAUUACAAACUUCGGUAGGUGGAUUAACAAAAGUGGCAGAAGAACAACUAAAUGCUACUAGGACAAUUCAGGCAUAUGGUGGUGAAAAAAACGAAGUUCGCCGUUAUGCAAAGGAAGUCAGAAAUGUAUUUCAUAUUGGCUUGAAGGAAGCAGUUACUUCCGGUUUAUUCUUCGGAAGUACCGGGCUAGUUGGUAACACUGCAAUGCUAUCUCUAUUAUUGGUCGGAACAAGCAUGAUCCAAAGCGGAUCAAUGACAGUCGGCGAAUUAUCAAGUUUCAUGAUGUACGCUGUGUAUACCGGAAGUUCAUUAUUUGGUUUAUCAAGUUUCUACUCGGAACUUAUGAAAGGUGCUGGUGCUGCUGCUAGAGUUUUUGAGUUGAAUGACCGUAAACCGUUGAUUCGUCCCACUAUUGGGAAAGAUCCAGUAUCGUUGGCUCAAAAACCUAUUGUUUUCAAAAAUGUGUCAUUCACUUAUCCAACUCGGCCCAAACACCAGAUUUUCAAGGAUUUGAAUAUUACUAUCAACCCUGGGGAACAUGUUUGCGCUGUAGGUCCAUCGGGAAGUGGUAAAUCAACGAUAGCAUCUCUGUUGCUCAGGUAUUAUGAUGUAAAUUCAGGAUCGAUUGAGUUUGGUGAUGAAGACAUCAGAAGCUUCAACCUGAGAAAGUAUCGAAGACUAAUAGGAUAUGUACAACAAGAACCACUACUUUUCAAUGGGACCAUUCUAGACAAUAUCCUCUAUUGUAUUCCACCUGAAAUUGCGGAGCAGGAAGAUCGUAUUGGACGUGCCAUUGGACAAGCUAACUGCACUAAAUUUUUGGCCAAUUUCCCGGACGGAUUGCAAACUACGGUUGGUGCAAGAGGUGCACAGCUGUCUGGUGGUCAAAAGCAAAGAAUUGCAUUAGCUAGAGCAUUUUUAUUAGAUCCUGCUGUCCUUAUUUUAGAUGAGGCAACCAGUGCUCUUGACUCCCAAAGUGAAGAAAUAGUUGCUAAAAAUCUUCAAAGACGUGUAGAAAGGGGGCUCACAACAAUAUCAAUUGCACAUAGGCUUUCGACUAUUAAACACAGCACUAGGGUUGUUGUAUUAGGAAAACACGGGUCCGUUGUUGAAACUGGUUCAUUUCAGGAUCUGAUUGCCAUUCCUAACAGUGAACUAAAUGCUCUGCUUGCCGAACAACAGGACGAAGAACAAAAAGAGGGAACCGCAGACUUGGACAGAGGUAUAACUCAAGAAGUAUAG